AAAACAGCGAGGACGAGAAUCAGCAGGAGCGGCUUGGGAAUCCAUCGUCGUAACAUCUUUAGUCGCGCACAGUCGAAAUCUAUUUAAAUUUUUUCCAUUUUCCUUUGUCUUACAGGGGAGGAUGACAAAAACACAGAAGCCAAUGAUGAUAACGAAAAGUAUGAAGCUAAAAAGCCGACCGACGGAUACUCUGGAAUGAAUGUUAAGUCAAAUAAAACAGCUGUGAUCCUAGCUGACGACAUGGACUCGGAUUCCUUACAGGAUCAGUAUGAAAGGGAGCAGUACAAAAUACGCAAAAAUGUUUGCAUCCAAAAUCCUGAGUAUGGAAAGUGCGAAGGACGCCGUCGCCUGUGGUACUACGACUUGAGUAAGGCCAAGUGCCAAACUUUUAUUUAUUCCAAUUGUGGUGGAAAUGGCAACCUUUUCUUUACCCGAGAAUCAUGCCAGGAAUUCUGCGGUAAAUACAACUGGAAGAAGAAUCGCAAGGGAGGACGUCCACGUAUGGCUGUUUCAAGAAGUAAAAUUUGAGUGCGUAAAACAUUUUUAACAAAUGCACGUGCUUGUAGCAUUUGUUUUCUCCAACUGCGCCGACAAUGAAAAUCUAAUCUUCACCAAGGAAAAGUACGAGAGAGCUUGCAGUCCAAUUAAUCUUCGAUUUGUAUUUAAAAAAAAAAAUAAAUUAAAAAAAAAAAACUGAGACGGUUAAUAACUUUAAUAGGAAUAAAAGUUGUUUCUACUUUAUAAAACAUACAAAUAAAUA